AUGGAGCUAGAUUCGCUCCGUAUCUCGGUUGAUAUCUAUCGUUUGGGUCAGAUAUACGGUGAUACAACACAUGGUAUUUGGAAUAAAAAUGAAUUAAUUCCGUUAUUAAUUUGUUGUGGCGGUGGCGAAUUGGGUGUAAUGUCAUCAGAUGAUAGAAGAAAAACAGUUGAUUGGAUACCAAUUGAUUAUGCUAGUGAAUCAAUUGUUGAAACAGCAUUAAAUUCUCGUUUAUUAACAAAUGAUCAUGAUUAUGUUCAUCAUAUAUUAAAUCCAAAUACAAUUAGUUGGUUACAAUUAUUAAAUUAUUUACACGAUGCGGGGUUAAAAUUUAGAAUUAUGACAACAAACGAAUGGUUAAAAGUUUUGGAAAAUAAUCCAUUCAAUUCGCUGAAUCGAUUUUCUGCAUUAACGUUUUCUUCGCAAACCUCGCCACAACAAUUUAUUGUUUAUAUACAUGAGAGCACAAAUGAUACUAUUGUUGAUAUUUUAAAAGUGCAAAAAAUUUGUUUAACUCGUGCAUUAUUAUGUUGUGAUGAACCAUUAUCAAUAUUAGAAUAUGAUUGUGGUGAAUUAGGUGAUAUUAAAAUAAUAAGACUUUUACUGCGUACGUUAAAACGUACGUAA